AUGGCCGCCCAGCAGGGGCCAAAGAGAGGGAACACUGGCAACCAUACACAUGCUCACCCCUUGGAAGCUCUAGACCAUCUCUGCUCGAGCAUUCACAUGAUCUGUGACAGGGGAGUGUCCUACCUUCAAGCAGCUCAAAUUGUGGCCUCGUGGAUCCGUCCGGUGACCUGCAGGCCUUCGGGGCAGCCGUCCAACCAAGCAUGCAAUGGCAACCGCAAGGGCGGGAAACCUCGGGCGCCAGCACCCGCGCUCCCACAAACCAGAGCGGGAUCCGCCAACAUGCACAACCUGCUCCGAACACAAUGGCCCCGACAACCUCCGACCAGCAGGGCGCACCCCAACACAGGAGAACUCGGGAUGCCUGCCACGAGGAUGACCGACAUAUAG